AUGCGUACACAAUACAGAGUGGCUGCGUUAUUCGCGUUUUUGGCGGUUAGUGCCGCGGCUCAAGGUGACGGUCAUGGCCAAGGAGGAUUUGGAGGCCAUGGUGGUUCUCAAGAAGGAUUUGGAGGCCAGGGUGGUCAUCAAGGAGGAUCUGGAGCCCAGGGUGGUCAUCAAGGAGGAUCUGGAGGCCAGGGUGGUCAUCAAGGAGGAUCUGGAGCCCAGGGUGGUCAUCAAGGAGGAUCUGGAGGCCAGGGUGGUCAUCAAGGAGGAUCUGGAGGCCAGGGUGGUCAUCAAGGAGGAUCUGGAGGCCAGGGUGGUCAUCAAGGAGGAUCUGGAGCCCAGGGUGGUCAUCAAGGAGGAUCUGGAGCCCAGGGUGGUCAUCAAGGAGGAUCUGGAGCCCAGGGUGGUCAUCAAGGAGGAUCUGGAGCCCAGGGUGGUCAUCAAGGAGGAUUUGGAGGCCAGGGUGGUCAUCAAGGAGGAUCUAGAGGCCAGGGUGGUCAUCAAGGAGGAUCUGGAGGCCACGUUGGUCGUCUAGGACGAUCUUUAGGCCAGGGUGGUCCUCAAGGAGGAUUUGGAAGCCAGGGUGGUUCUCAAGGAGGAUUUGGAGACCAUGGUGGUUCUCAAGGAGGAUUUGGAAGCCAGGGUGGUUCUCAAGAAGGAUUUGGAGGCCAGGGUGGUCAUCCAGGAGGAUUUGGAAGCCAGGGUGGUCAUCAAGGAGGAUUUAGAGGCCAGGGUGGUCAUCAAGGAGGAUUUGGAGGCCAGGGUGGUCAUCAAGGAGGAUUUGGAGGCCAGGGUGGUAACCACGGAGGAUAUUAAGGUCAGGGUGGUCGCCAAGGACGAUCUCUCGGCCACGGUGGUCCUGAAGGAGGACUUGGAAGCCAGGGUUGUCUAUAAUACAUGAUGUAUAGUGAAUAUUAAAGCAAUCAAGAAUCCAGUUGUACUUGUAAAGCUCGUCAUAUAUACUGACUAUAGAUACAGA